UGAUUGGCCCACAGAGCCGAGGCAACGGGGGCUGGGUUGCUGACCAAUCUUAGCCCACUGGUAACUUAGUUAACCAAUAGAUCUCGCGUCAUGAGCGUCCGUCUCGACACCGCCUAAGAACAGUCUCAGGAUUGAAAAUGGAUUUCUUCAAGGACACGGCCGACUUUAUCGCCGGAUCGGCUGCAAAUGUGCACACCCACCGGCCGUUCCUGGCCAUUGCCGCCUCGGUCGCGUUGGGGCUGACUCUCGGCUCGCUAUGGUCAGCCGAAAAGUCGCAUCGGACGAGAACGAUUGCAUCGCCGCUACAAAGUUUCCAAAAACCACUUUCCGACAAGGAUAAACAAUCGCUGGUAAUUCCACUAGACGUACUACCCGGCGCGCGCGAUGUAUCAACUCCUUACGGUUCGAUUCGAGUCUAUGAAUGGGGCCCAGAAGAUGGGCCCAAGGUCUUGCUUGUCCACGGUAUCUCAACUCCGUGUCUCUCGUUGGGCGGUCUUGCACAUUCUUUGGUUGACAGGGGCUGUCGCGUCCUGAUUUUUGAUCUCUUUGGUCGUGGAUACUCGGAUGCACCUGCCGAUCUCCCACAGGAUGAUCGUUUGUUUACAACUCAGAUACUUCUUGCUUUAACUUCAUCUCCACUUUCCUGGACCGGUGCUUCCUCUGGCCAAUUCGCACUAGUCGGCUAUUCACUUGGAGGCGGUAUUGCAGCUGCAUUUGCCUCGCACUUUCCAAACCUGCUUUCCUCUCUUGUUCUUUUGGCCCCAUCAGGACUGCUACGGGAUUCUCAUAUCAGCUGGCAGUCUCGAGUCUUAUAUGCGAAGGGACUGAUUCCCGAAGGUGUCGUGAGUCGCCUAGUCAAAGGUCGACUAAAAGCCGGUCCCCUAGUAAAACCAAAGCACUCUAACGGGACAUCCCACGAUGAGAAAAUUGGUGUUGAAGAUGCUCUGACGGAAGAACUCACAGCUUCUCCUCGGCAAGUACUCUCUAGAGCCUACCCUUCUUUAACGACACCCGCGGCCGUCGCGUGGCAGGUGGAAAAUCACCAGGGGUUUGUUCCAUCAUUCAUUUCAAGCCUUAGACACGGUCCUGUUCCACAAGAAUCUCAACUCGAGAAUUGGAAACGGUUGGGAUCUUACCUGACGCAACGAAGGGAACAGAAGGACACCGACAACCUUCCGCAUGAUAAAGUCUUGAUCGUUCUUGGCGAAACGGACAAUGUCAUCGUCAAGGAUGAUAUUGUUGAAGAUGCAUCGGCGGCUUUAGAAGGAAAUGCUCAAUUCAAAUACUUCAGCAUUGGGCAUGAGUUCCCCAGCGUCAAGUAUGACGAGCUAGCCGCUCAACUUGUGGAAUUUUGGAAUUGAUUGAGUCUCGUCUCUUUAUUCAGCACGUAUAGAAUGUUACAAUAGACUUUAUUACAUUAUAUCUUUAUAUGUACAUUUGAGG